AUGGAUGGAUGCAAGAAGGGCAAACCAGUUUGCCGGGCGCUUCUGUCCAUUCAUCUGGUUCCUGGUUGUGUUGCUGCUGUCUUACGGGCUAGACGCAACCCGUUGCCCAGUUACGCUAGGCCAAACUUGAAACCCUCUUCUCCGAGGCUUCCAAUGCAAUCGAUGCUUGAUGAUAAAUUGGAGAUGAGUCCAGCUAAUAUCCCCGCAGUAGGAAAUUAUCUGAAGAAGGCCGUUGAUGUAGGACUUGCUCGAAAUGUUGAAGCAUCUCCUUCCUGCCAGCAGAGCGUCAAGAAUAGUCAGGAAUAG